AAAGUUUCCACAUGGCUUGUUUGAAUGAAAAAAAAAAAAAACAAUAUUUUCGGCAAAAUCUCGAGGAAUUGUGAUGAAUUCGAAACGAUGGAUGAUUUUGUUACGGGCAAUCUCUCCGGCGUCGUCGUCGUCGUCGGAGAUUUCAUUCUGACGACAAAGCUCGGCCAUGGGCCUCUCUCAACGGUCUGGAAGGCUGUGCACAGAACGAGAGGCGAAGAGGUGGCCUUAAAGCAGGUCUACCUCUCUAAACUCAAUCCUAGCCUCAAGGACUGUUUGGACUGUGAGAUCAAUUUCCUAUCCACUGUCAACCACCCCAACAUCAUCCGCCUUUUUGACGUGUUUCAGGCUGAAGGUUGCAUAUUCCUGGUCCUGGAGCUCUGUUCUGGGGGUGAUUUGGCUUCUUAUAUUCAACAUAAUGGGAGAGUUCAAGAAUGGAUAGCCAAAAGAUUCAUGCAGCAGAUUGGAGCUGGUUUAGAGGUACUUCACUCGCACCAUAUCAUCCACCGUGACUUGAAGCCGCAGAAUAUAUUGCUAUCUAUACCAGAGAGUAAUGCAGUGCUAAAGAUAGCUGAUUUUGGCCUUUCAAGAAUUGUACAUCCAGGUGAUCGUGCUAAGACUGUGUGUGGGUCGCCCAUAUACAUGGCUCCAGAAGUUCUACAAUUUCAAACUUAUGAUGAAAAGGUUGACAUGUGGAGUCUUGGUGCAAUUCUUUUUGAACUGCUUAAUGGCCACCCGCCUUUCCAUGGUAGGACUAAUGUUCAGCUGCUGCACAACAUCAAGUCAUCUUCAAGCCUUCCAUUUUCUCAGCCUGUCCUCGCGGGGUUGCAUCCUGAUUGUGUUGAUAUGUGUUCCAGACUACUCUCAGUGGAUCCUGUAAAUCGCUUGUCCUUCAAUGAAUUCCAUCGACAUAAGUUCUUAAAAUUACAUUUAACAGAGUGGUAAGAGUGGCUUAUGAGACAAAUCUUACUUAACUCAGUUGCUCAAGGGAAGCUUCUCUGAAUGUUGAAUAAUCUAACUUUUUCAACACCAUUGUCAAAAAUAAACUAAAUAUCCCCACUUCAGCUAUGGGGUUAGUUUGUUAGUUAGUUAGUUAGUUUGUUUGUUUGUUUGUUUUUGUUUUUUUUUGUUUUUCUCUCUCUUCUGAAGUUAGCAUUCUUUGAUCCAUCUAUUGAUUGUCUCAGAUUCUUGGCCAUUCACAAACUGCUAAAAAAGUGAGUGCUGAUUUUCUCAAGUUACAAGGCAAAUCCAGCGACUUGGCCGUAAAUCCAAGUGAGAUUGGAGAAUGGGGAGCACGUUGACAAGUUGGAAGAGCUCCUAGGAUCACUAGAGCCGUUACUCCAACCAACUUUUGAAUUGAAAGAUGUUUUUUCGCUCAACACUUGACUUUCCUAGUCUUGUCUGUGUCAAUUUCAUCGCCUUAGUCUUAUUGCAUAUUAAAGAUAAACAAAACCCUCUCCUCCCAAGGUUCUACCAUUCAAUAACAAUUUUUUCAACUAUCUUUUUCUCCA